UUACUCACUUUGAUUUAUGCAUCUCACUUUAAAUAGGUAUUUUCCAGAGGGCAUUAGACGUCUACUUUGAUUAUGUUGAAUUAUUAUUAUUAUUAUUAUUUUCAAAUUACUAUUUAAUCCUGCAUUUUCUCACUUCUUACCCCAUACAUACAUAUCCUCUUUUUGUGUGGCCAAUGACCAAGCCCGUUUUGUAAGCAACCACGAAACAUGGUAAAGGUCUAUUCUCAAGUCAAGACGGUCAAUUCAUUGCCGGGGGAAAAAAGUCCACAAAUGGCCCUACUCAUCACCAUCCUUCCGAUACUUGUCUUGGCUCUGAAUUUUCCAAAAGCCAAUGACUUUCUUCUCUGCCCUUUUUCAUUUUGGAGUUUGGACUCUCUCGUCUUUGGGUUGUUGAAAAGGAUGCCAAGAGAGAAAGACUUGCAUCACACGCACAGCAAAGUCUUGUUUGAAAGAAAUAAUACCACAUGGAUGUUUCCUGGCUCAUUCUUUUUUUUCUCAAAUCAACUCAACCCAUCCUCUACGUUUUCAGUGUAUUAAUAGUCCCUUCUUCCUCAUUUUAUCUUUGCCAAACAUUCAAGGUGACUCCAUUCCAUCAUCUCUUCUUUUAUCGGUGGAUCACUGAGACUAGUGAGCUUCUGGGUGAGUGUUUGUUGCAUUAAUUCUUCGUCUUGCUCCUAUUGUAUAUGGUUCUGGGUCCAUUUCUUCUUCCAAUAACCCAGUGAGAAACUUUUAUUUGUGUUUGUGGCAUGGCAUUGAGUGACAUAAAUUUCGUGGUUCUUGCCUACGCUUUGAUCUGCAUAGCCUUGGUGUUGCUGAGCAGCAGAUCAAUAACAGUGAGUAAUGCCACUAAGACUGAUAUAGAGUGCCUGCAAUCCAUAAAACAGUCCCUUCAAGACCCCAAUAACUACUUGAUCUCCUGGAAUUUCAACAACAACACCGAAGGCUUCAUAUGUAGAUUUACUGGGAUCGAUUGUUGGCACCCUGAUGAGAACAAAGUUAUAAAUAUUCGCCUUUCAGAUAUGGGCCUCAAGGGCAACUUCCCUCGUGGAAUUCAGAAAUGCACCAGCUUGACCGGCUUGGAUUUUUCCAGCAACAGGCUUUCUGGCUCCAUCCCUUCUGAUAUAUCCAAGUUAGUGCCAUAUGUUACAUCUCUUGAUAUCUCAUCCAACAAUUUUUUGGGUGAAAUUCCAAUUAAUCUUGCCAACUGCAGUUUCUUGAACAUACUUAAACUCGACAACAACCGACUAACAGGCAGUAUUCCGCUGCAACUUGGCCAGCUGCCUCGAAUGAAGACAUUUAGCGUUGCUAAUAAUCUUCUAUCAGGGCAGGUCCCUACGUUUUCCAACAAGAAUACCAGUGUUAGCUAUGCAAAUAAUCUGGGACUCUGUGGAGAACAAUUACCGAAAUCCUGCCCCGGUGUUCCAAGAAAAUCCAGUGUCGGAAUAAUUGCUGCUGCAGCCGCUGGUGGGAUAACAUUUACAGCUAUUAUUGUGGGUAUUCUUCUCUACUACUUCUCUCGCGGAGCGGCUAAGAAGAAGGAAGAUGACCCUGAAGGUAACAAGUGGGCCAAGAGCAUAAAAGGAACUAAAGGCAUCAAGGUUUCCAUGUUCGAGGAGUCCAUUACGAAGAUGAGGUUGAUUGAUCUCAUGAAGGCAACUAACAACUUUAGCAAAGUCAAUAUCAUUGGAGAAGGAAGAACCGGAACCAUGUACAAAGCAAUGAUUCCAGAUGGUAUUUCCCUCAUGGUCAAGAGGCUGCAAGACUCUCAACACUUGGAGAAAGAAUUUGUGUCAGAGAUGAAUACACUUGGGAGUGUCAGACACCGCAAUUUGGUUCCCCUGUUGGGUUUUUGCAUGGCUAAGAAGGAGAAACUUUUGGUCUACAAAUACAUGGAGAACGGAACACUCUAUGACAAACUGCAUCCAGUGGAACCAGAGGUCAGAAACAUGGAUUGGCCCCUAAGGCUCAAAAUUGCGAUUGGAGCAGCUAAAGGUUUAGCAUGGCUUCAUCAUAACUGCAACCCUCGAAUUAUUCACAGAAACAUAAGCUCCAAAUGCAUACUGCUGGAUGAGAAUUUUGAGCCAAAGCUGUCUGAUUUCGGCCUUGCAAGGCUGAUGAAUCCAGUUGACACCCAUUUGAGUACCUUCGUGAAUGGGGAGUUUGGGGACUUGGGCUAUGUAGCUCCCGAGUAUCCACGGACCCUGGUAGCCACCCUGAAGGGGGAUGUUUAUAGCUUUGGGGUAGUUCUUCUGGAGUUGGUCACGGGUGAAAAACCCACUCAUGUUGCCAAUGCCCCUGAAACCUUCAAGGGAAGUUUAGCAGAGUGGAUCACGCAGCUUUCAAGUAAUUCUCUCCUUCACACUGCCAUCGAUAAGUCUUUGCUCGGGAAUGAUUUUGAUAGCGAACUCAAACAGUUUCUUAGAGUUGCUUGUAACUGUGUGGUUCCAACUGCAAAGGAGAGGCCUACCAUGUUUGAGGUGUACCAGCUUCUGAGAGCUGUUGGGGAAAGAUAUCACUUCACAACAGAGGAUGAAAUGAUGUUGCCAUCCGAAACUGGUGAUGCUGAUUCUCCUGAUGAACUUAUUGUUGCUCAAUAUGUGAAGGAGGCUCAAUGAAAGGCAGGCAGAGUAUGAUGCUAAUAUAAAAAGGCAAUUGAAGAUAUUUAACUUCUUGGUGCGGCAGUAUAGCGUCUAGGAUUGUAUGUAAUAUACUCAAUAGUAUUUUAAGCUCCUAUAUUCACUUUUCUAUUGAUAGAAACACCAAUUGUAUAUAUACUACUAGACCUUUUAUGCCAAAAUCAAAAUGCUGCUGCUUCGUUCUUAA